AUGAGUCACAAUCUGGCGGGUAUGCCGUCUUAUAGACUGCCUGGGCCGGGCUUGGGUCCUCCAGACUUCAAACCGCCCAUGGACACUCCUACACCGCCGGCCGCUGCGCCGAGCAACCCCAAGAAGAGAAGAAAAACAUCAAAUGCAAACAAUGCCCUCACACCUCCACAACCUCCACCGACAGCCCAAGAUCUACUGCCUCCACCCCUCACGGGCUAUGGAGACACGAUAGUCGCUUCCAACCCCUUCGAUGACUCCCCAUCUACAGUCUCUCAUAAUGGACCCAUGAUGAAUCAAAACGGCCCCAUGAUGAGUCAAAAUGGACCUAUGGGAAUGAUGGGCCCUAUGAGCCACAGCAUGGGUGGGCCACCGAUGAGGCAUAUGAGUCCCUUACCGCACAACAUGAGUCCUAUGAGCCAACAGAUGCCACCAAGAGGAGGGAUAAGUCCCAUGGGUAAUAUGAGUCCUAUGGGCCAUAGUCACAUGGGUGGGAUGUCUCCCAUGGGAGGACCAAAUAUGGGUAUGAGUAACCACAGUAUGGGUCCAGGUAUGGGACCUACAUCAAGAUCAAUGGGAAGUCCGAUGAGUCCUAUGAAUUCAAUGCCCAUGGGUUCUCCAAUGUCUUCAGGACCAAUGGGUAGUCCAAUGAAUAUGGGAUCCAUGGCAGGCAGUCAUAUGAGCAAUAGUCCUAUGGGACCCCCAAUGCAUAGUCCUCUUGGAGGGGGCUCAAUGAAUGGUCCUAUGAAUGGACCAAUAAAUGGGCCGAUGGGUGGUGGCCCUGGUAUGAAUGUUCCUCGCAUGAAUGGCCCUAUGGGACCCAGCUGUUCUAAUGGUUCAAUGGGCCCAACUAGUUCUAUAAUGUCACCAAGCCCUAUGCAGAGUGGGGGGAUGGGUCCUGGACAUUGCGGGCCAAUGAGACACGGCAGUCCGAUGGGCUCUGGCAUGGGCAGUGGUCCUAUGGGUGGAAAUGGACCUAUGACGUCAAUGGGUCCCGGACCACCGUAUUCAGGGAACCACAUGAGUCACAGUGGUCCAAUGGGUAUGGGGGGAAGUGGUUCGAUGGGAAUGGGCCCGGGACCUGGAAAUAUGGGGAAUUGUGGUCCACUGGCUGGUAUGAGUGGAAUGUCAAUGGGUGGUCCAGGAGGUCAAGGACCCAUGGGGCAGAAUAUGGGAAUGUUUGGACCAAAACCCAUGCCAGUGAGUGCAGGGAAAGUGUACCCACCGGACCAACCUAUGGUGUUCAACCCUCAAAACCCUAACGCUCCACCCAUUUAUCCUUGUGGUGUGUGUCACAAGGAAGUACAUGAUAAUGAUCAAGCUAUUUUAUGUGAAUCGGGCUGCAACUUUUGGUUCCACAGAGGAUGUACCGGUCUGACAGAGCCAGCUUUUCAGUUGCUAACAGCGGAGGUGUACGCUGAAUGGGUGUGUGACAAGUGCCUACAUUCUAAAAACAUACCAUUGGUGAAAUUCAAACCUUAA